CAUAUUCUAUCGAGUGACUUUUUAAACUCGUCCGCAAAUUCUCCAUCUCGUAGGGAUGCCUCUAAGCGCUUCUGGAAAAAAGGAAUUUGACCGAAAAAAAAAAGCUGUGAAAUAUGGGUGCUUCAGACAAGAGGGAGGAAGUGAUUCAAGCAUGGUACAUGGACGAUAGUAAUGAAGAUCAGAGGCUUCCCCAUCACCGUGAGCCUAAGGAAUUUCUGUCCUUGGAUCAACUUGCUGAACUUGGAGUACUCAGUUGGCGAUUGGAUGCUGACAACUAUGAAACUGAUGAGGAAUUGAAGAAAAUUCGUGAAGAUCGUGGUUACUCCUACAUGGACUUCUGUGAGGUUUGUCCAGAGAAGCUGCCAAAUUAUGAAGAAAAGAUCAAAAAUUUUUUUGAAGAACAUCUUCAUACUGAUGAGGAAAUUCGUUACUGUGUGGCAGGAAGUGGUUAUUUUGAUGUCAGGGAUCACAAUGAUCAAUGGAUACGCGUGUGGGUAAAGAAAGGAGGCUUGAUAGUUUUACCUGCUGGGAUUUAUCAUCGCUUUACUCUGGAUACAAACAACUAUAUUAAGGCAAUGCGGCUCUUUGUUGGCGAUCCAAUCUGGACUCCAUACAACCGUCCUCAUGAUCAUCUUCCUGCAAGGAAGGAGUAUGUUGAAAACUUUUUGCAUAAGGAAGGUAGUGGUCAAGCUGUUGAUGCUGCUGCAUGAAAUUGGCAUUUGUCUCUUUAUUGGGUCUUAAACCCUGGAUUGGCUGUAAUAAAUAAGUCUAGGCGUUUCUGCUUGUAAUUUGUGGUAUGUGUUGGUCAUUUUGCUUAAACGUAUGGCUUGUUAUGAUUGUAGCUUGCU